AUGAUGGGAGGCAAAGCUCCAAUGGCUAUGGCCGUCAUGUGGUCGCUCGUGGCCUUGACGUGGAUAUUUGUCUUUUUACGUCUGUACACGCGAGCCUUUAUCAUCAAAUCUGUUGGCCUGGAUGAUCACACGUAUUGGCUCAGUGGCAUCGCCGCGUAUCAUGGAUUCGGACAAUCCAUGCCUGGCCCAGAUGCCUCCAAUAUCGCUUUCGACCACGCCGCCUACGCCAUUAAGAACCAAAUGAUUGGACAGACCUUUGCCGUUAUCGGAAUGUCGAUUGCCAAGUUUUCCCUCGGAUUCUUUCUGCUACGGAUUGUUGUUGAGAAGUGGCAGAGGAUUGCCAUAUGGUUCGCAAUGGUGACAUUAUCAUUCUUUUCCGGUCUUUGCGCUAUAAUGUUCUGGCUGCAAUGCACACCGGUGACAAAGAUCUUUGACCCUAUCCGGGUUGAAGGUGUCUGCAAUAUUUCUGUGACUCCGUAUGCGGUUGCACUAGGCGGUAAGUGGCCUUGGUUCUCUGCUCCAGUCACGAAUACUGACAUCACAGUCUGCUGUGUUAUCGUUGACUUUUUCUUUGCCACCUUCCCAUGGAUCUUUAUCUGGAAGCUCAACAUGAAGUACAAUGAGAAGAUAACGAUCGCUGGAAGUAUGAGUUUGGGCUUUCUUGCCGGAAUUUGUGGCAUCGUUCGGACCUAUGAAGUUGCAACCGGCUUCACCACCAACUUCUUGUUGGACACUGUCCCGCUGAUUAUCUGGUCUGCCGCCGAAAUGACCCUCACGUUGAUGUGCAUCGGAAUCCCUAUUUUAUGCCCUCUCUGGCGCAGAGUCGUCCGUGGAUCGAAAAUCUCCUCCGAAGGAUAUUACAGAAGACAUGGUGAAGGUUAUGGAGAAGGGUUCAAUUUGGGCAGUGUGCUCCUUGGAUCAGAUAAGGCGAACAAUCGAGGCUUUCCAAAUGCUCCGGCUAAGCUUGGAAUUCGAGGACCUGGUACAAUUACUCGCAUUGCUGGUGAUAAUUAUAGCGACGAAUCAAUCCUUGGAUCUGAGUAUCGCAGGGGAAGGUCAUCACCUGUCGGCGGGAUUUGUGUCAAGCAAGACAUCCAGAUAGACUGGAGUGAUGCAAAAGACAUUCGACAGUAA